UGUACACAAGUGUGUAAUACAUACGGGAAUAAAAUGGUUCCAUCGAAACCUAGAAGAAGUGAAUCUAGACGGUCAUCGAUUCUUAAACCAUGUAAACCACGGCAACCAUUGCAAAAUGUAAAUUUUGAUUCUUCGUCCAAUGAAAACAGUCCAACUGCAUCAAAAAUCAAGAGACGUGUUAGUUUUGCAGAGAAAAAACAUGUCAAAGAAUUUUGUCAUUCUACUGAACAAGGUACUGUGUGGGAUAAUACAUAUGAAGAACACGAUUCUAUUUUAAAAGGAUCUUUUGUAAUUGAUCAGAAUGCUGAAGGUAUCUAUUUAGUUAAUAAUCAACUACCGCAAGGAUCUAUCGCAAGAGCCAAUGAAGAAACUAAUGAUACAAACUGUAAUUUAGAUUUUACUGCAGUGCCAAAUAAAUCUUGUGUAUCUAAUGAUUGGGUAUCAAGUAAUAUCGUAUACAACAAUUCGGAUACAGAAUAUACACAAUUGCCUGAUGAAGAAUCUCAAUUUGGACAAAUUAUAAUAGAUACAUCUAAAAGUGUAAAAUCAAGCAAUAUUAUAAUAUAUAGAGAUUCUGAUGAAGAGGACCGUGAAGAUAAUGUUGCCAAGAAAUGUCCUUCCAAGUUGUAUUCUAAUAAUGUUGACUCUGAACUAGAUAAAACGCGUGUUCAAGAUUUCUCUAUGGAGCUAACAGCACCAAUAUCUGCAUCUUUAGUAUCUUCACAUUUAUACAUGGAAGAACAAAAGAAACAAGAAUGUAAUGAAAACAUAAAUAAUUCAGGAACAAAUACUACUAAUUAUAAUCAUGUAUCAAUGGAAUGUACUACUAAUUGUAAUAAUGUAUCAAUGGACAUUACUGAGGCUGUACCAAUAUUUGCGAAAUCUGUUGCUUCUAAUUUAGGAAUUUUCGAACAAAUUCCGACAAUAUUACACAACUGUGAACAUACAAAAUGGAAUGCUACAAAUACUCAUAAUACGAUAUUUCCAACAAAUUUACAAUCUGACAAUGUUUCUAGAGACAUUUCUGAACAUAUACCAGAUGUGGGAUAUGCCAAUGACUCAAUGGUAUUAACAUCUGUAAUACAAUCAUUUACAGAUGCCACAGAUACUGACAUAUAUCCUACAAAUAAUACAAUUUUCGAUACUUCAAUGGAAAUGAUUAUGGUACCAUCUAAAAUGAAUGAAAAGAAGGCCAAUAAUAAAAUUACAGUUAAAGAAAAUGAUCUGAGGGAGGAUCAAACUGAUAAAACUGAGAUUUUUAUUGAUGUACUUAUGGAAAUGACAAAACCUACAGAUACCAUAUUGUUUUCAAAUGUUUACAAUAAGGAGAGUAGAGUGGAUGAACCAAUAUCCAGAGAUGAUAGAACUACGUUUUUCCAUAAUGUAUCCAUGGAAAUGACCAAGAUAGUGUCAACAAGAAACAAACAAAAAAUUACUGAUAGAAUUAUUUGUAAAUCAUCUGAAGAAAAUACAGGUAGUAAAAGGGAUAUAAAUAGACCGGAUUGCUUUAAUGAAAAAACGCUAAUGUUAUGCAAGUCUAUGGAGUUUACUGAAGCUCUUCCAGUUCCCUCGUGUCAAGAAAGAAUGUUUCAUGCUGCACACAUUGCUCAUUCAAACAAAAGUACAUGUGAAAUUGAAAAAAAUGAUAAAACUAAAUUUUUCAAUGAUGCGAAUUUAAAAAUCGAUGAAUCAAUAUCAAAAAAUGAUAAAACUAUACUUUUCCCCAAUGUAUCUAUGGAAAUGACUACAGCGGUAUCAAGAAAAGAAAUUACUCAGUCAAUUUGUAAAUCAAUAUCUAAAGAGAAUACACAUGGAGAAAAAGAUAAGAAUAAUUCGAUCUGCUUUAAUGAAGGAACCAAAUUGUUAUGUAAAUCUAUGGAAUUUACCGAAGUCGUCCCGAUCUCUUUGCAUGAUAUAACAUUUAAUACUACUGAUACUAUUCACACUACACAGUCCGUAUCAUUUUCUCAAACAUUGUCAAAAACAAUCUCCUUACCAGCUGAAAAUUCCGUGAGAGUAUCACACCAAACUGAUGUAGUUGCAAGUGAAACAAUUCAAGAUAUAUCAAUGGAAAUAACUGCUGCAGUACCAUCAACAUUACAUCUUGCACAAGAUGUGAAAGUAAAUGAAACAGAGAAUUUAAUCAUUUCUAAAAAUGAUGAGUUCCAAUAUCUAAUGACAAAUAAUAAUCUAACAGAAUUAAGGAAAGAUGUAACAAAAGAAAAUUUUACAAUUUCAAGGGAAAUUGUGGAAGCAAAAAAUAUUAGACACGAUGAAUUGUCUAACAUUUCCGUUACUCAAUUUCCAUUAAAUAAUUUAGAUUAUUCAUUAAGUACAAACUUAGAAAAUGCCAACAGUAAAAAAAGAAUGUCUGAUGACAAUGAAAAAUCAUAUUCAAAACGAGUUCGCAGUUCUUUUAUGGAAAUUCAGUCUUCUCAGAAAAGUGAUGUACAUUCAUUUUCUAGUACUGGCGCUAACUAUGUAAAUGAUUUAAAUGAUAUUGAACAAGAACAUAAUGAGUAUUCUGUAAAGGAAACAAUAGAUCAUACACAGAUAUCUGACUCAAAUCUCAGGAAUAGUCUAGACGAGAUUAGUAAAUAUAGUUUUUCAAGAAAAAGUUUGCCAUAUCUAGAAGAUAGUUUCGUAGAGUUACAAUCAAUUAAACCGCCUUCGUUCAUACAUUUAGACAGCGAGGAAGAAAGAUCUUUCCACGAAAUUCAACACGAAUUUCAAUCGUCGAUCACUGACAUACCAGUAAAUAUUACUUCUAAUCAAUUAACAGUAAAUAAUGUGACAGGACUGUCCAACUGUUCAAUAAAUUCGAGGGAAAAUGCUGCAAACGAUUAUUUCACAAUUUUAAGAAAAAAAGAGGAACCAAUAAAUACUGAGAACAAUCACACAGAAGAUUGCCACGAAAAUACUGUAAUGGAUAAAACUGAAAAUAAUCAGGAAAUUGAUUGCCAAGCGAUGAUGAAGACAAUUAUUAAUGACAAUCAACUUAAUAAAUCAAAUUAUGAUACGACAAAGAAUAUUAAUGAAAAAAGUAUACUAUCAAUGAAUGCGAAGGAUGGGAAAACUGUAACAGUACAAGAUCUUAAUCAUUCCACAUCAUUAAUUAUCAAAGAAAUUGAAGUAAUAGCUGGAGAUCAAGUAGAAGAUCGUAACGAAAAAGAAUAUAUUCGAAAGAAAUUAAACGAAGACACAAAGUUGCAGAAUAAUAUUAAAGAGCAAGGACAAUAUUUGGAUAAAAUAAAACAGGAAACAAAGAAACGUAGUGAUCAUCUCGAAGGUACAGGAGUAGUAAUCGAAGAUCAAAUAAAUCCCGAAAAACAUAGAAUAAAUUUAAAUAAUGAAAUGAAACAGCAAAAUAUGAGACAGAAAGACAAAUGUGCAACAGAAGGACUCGUAACAGCACAUAAUGUUAGCACGAUUAACGAAGACAUUAAAAACGGAACUUUAAUCGAAGAUCCAUUUGUAACAGUAUUGCAAAAAUUAGAGACACGUGGCGCAGGGGAUGAUUGUAUUUGGAACGUAUAUUAUAAUAAUAUUAACAGGAAAAUGAUCGUUUUUGGUUUCAUAGCAAAUUCAUUACUGAUAGCGAUAUUUUUAUCAUAUGAUUUUAAUGACUCUGAGAAAAAUUUGAUUAAAGAAAUCAAGAUUAUUUCCCGCCUUUCAGAUGAUGCAGGAGUAUUCAUAAAGUUAGUUCACAAAUUAAUUUUGGAGAAAAUAAACGCAGAAUUACUUACAAGUUCGUAUAAAACUCAUCAGGACAUCCUUCCAAUGUUAAAUUUUAUUUCACAAGAUGUGAAACUAGCGAUGGAUUUCAAGUUUGAUUUGAGACGUUUGGAUGAUCUAAAUUUAAUGGAGAUUACUAAUGACGAAAUUUCAUUCGUAUCUCGAAGCAAACGGUUGGACAUUAUACUAAAAGUUACAAUUAAAAUUAAACGAUUUGAUAAACUCACUCCGAAUGAUGUCAACUGUUAUUGUAUACUAGGUAGAAUAAAGGAAACAGACAUUAAAAAUUUAAUUAAAAAUGUAAAAAGAGACCACAAAUUCCUACGGAGGUAUAUGAAUGAUGUUAAGGAUUAUAUCGAUAUAAUGGGAGAGACUUUUAAAUGAUUUAAUGAUUGAAAAUGAAAAAGUUUCCGAUUGAUCUUCUAAAAUAUCGGUGUCUUUUUCACAAUAGAACGUGGGCGUAGAGGCCCGGUUUUACGUGAUUUCGUAACGACGAUGGCAAACAGAUUUCCAGUAUCAAAAGGCAUUUCGUGAGGAUCCUGAAGACCUUCGGAGUCCCCUACUAUUCAACCUACUCUCUCUUUUUUUCUCUCUUGUCGGCUUCUGCUUCAUCUUCUUUCGAGUUUUCAUGCAUACGAAAACAACACAUGCAAAGAUCAUUUGGUGCUACUUUUUAUGUAGUGCAUGCAUUAAUAAUUAAAGAGAAAGACUUGUCACUUCGUGGAAGUGGAAAAA